AUGUCAGGCCUGAAACCACCGGGACAGUUGCAGCUGGAAGGGAACUUGGCGAAAAACUGGAAGGAAUGGGUGCGUUCAUUUGAACUGUACGCUAUGGCAACGGAACUGCAGAAGAAACCGGAGCCAGUGCAGUGUGCAACGUUUCUGCACGUGGCGGGCCCAGCGGCACAGCGUGUAUAUGCGACACUGACGUUCGCGGACGAUGAGAAGGACAAACUGCAAGUACUUAAAGCCAAGUUCAAACAAUACUGUGAACCCAAGAGAAACCUGUCAGUACUGCGAUACAUGUUCAACUCGAGAAACCAGAAAGUGGAUGAGCCGUUCGACACAUACUUGACAAACGUGAAAUGCCUGGUGAGGGAAUGUGAAUUUGGUGACAUUGAGAAUUCCCUCCUUCGAGACAGAGUUGUGUGUGGUGUAAAGGACACAAAAACACGAGAAAAACUGCUUCAGGAAGAUAAUUUGACUCUGGAAAAGUGCAUCAAUAUCUGCCAGGUCAGUGAAAUGAGCGCCACACAUGUGAAAGCCCUACAGGCUGAACUGAAUUUGACCCAGCAAAGACAGGAGGUUAACCGGGUGACGUCCACUAAAGCCAGACCUCCGACCAGAGCUGCAAGUCGCAAGGAAAUGUCAAAUAACAACGCAGAAAAUGGGACAAAGUCACGGUGUGACUUCUGUACUUACGUACACUUCACAAACCGCUGUCCUGCAAAGUAUGAGCAGUGCAACUCGUGCCAUAAAGUUGGACAUUUCAGCAAAUCGAGAAUAUGCAAAGCCCAGCACAAGUCGCGACCAAAGAUGGUCAGGGAAGUCAACGAAAGCAGUGAUGAUGAUGAGGACAACACCCAGUAUGAUGUCGCCGGUGUCAACCUACAGGAACCAAGGAAACAACUCGAGGACCUGAUGAUAGACUACAUCGCUGGACAAGAAUCAGGCGACUGGACUGAAACCUGUCAAAUUGGGAGAAACAAGGUGGACUUCAAGCUUGAUUCAGGAUCUCAAGCGGACAUUCUACCAGAAGACUGUUUCAAAAACACUGGACUGGCAUUGCUUCCCAGUAAUGCAUCUCUCAAAUCCUAUUCAGGGCACAAGAUUAAGGCAUUAGGAAAGACCAUAGCCAAUUUGAAGGUUGGUACAGGUACCGGUUGCACCACACAACAAGUUGUUUUUCAAGUGGUAAGCGGAAAUGUAAAACCUAUCUUAGGUCUGAAAACAUGUCAAAGGCUAGGAUUGAUUAAGAGAGUAAGAGUAGAUGAAGUGGUUAGUGGUAGUGCGCAAAAUGUGCCAGUGCAUAGCAACAUCACGUUCACAGAACACAAUGAUUUGUAUGAAGGGCUAGGGAAACUGCAAAACCACGAAUAUGAGAUUGAAUUGAAUGUAGAUGCCGCACCAGUUCAGAACCCUCCACGCACUAUUCCUUACACAUUGCGCGACAAAGUGAAGGCUGAAUUAGAGCGUAUGGAAAAACUUGGGGUCAUUGCGCGUGUGGAAGAGCCCACAGACUGGGUCAGUUCCAUGUCAAUAGUUGGUAAACCGGAUGGCAGUGUGCGCAUUUGUCUUGACCCGCGAGAGCUCAAUAAUGCCAUAAAGAGAGCCCAUUACCCUAUGCCCACCCUCCGAGAUGUUGCAGCGCGCAUGCCACAGGCUAAGGUGUUUUCAAAGUUUGACGCUACAAGUGGUUAUUGGCAACUUCCUCUCACACAAAGAAGCUCGUACUUGACAACAUUUAACACACCCUUUGGAAGAUUUCGAUAUAUGGUUCUACCAUUCGGCAUUUCGUCGGCAAGUGAAAUUUGGCAGUGCGCCAUGGUCACUGAAUUUGGGGCACUUGAAGGGGUUGAAAUUGUUGUCGAUGAUAUCCUAGUUUGGGGGGAAAACACAACUGAGCAUGAUGAGCGAGUAGCUAAGUUCCUGGAAAAAGUCAGAGAAUCAGGACUUAAACUCAAUAGGAAAAAGUCUGUCAUUGGCACAGACAAACUUGAAUAUGUGGGUCAUGUGAUUUCUGCAGAAGGACUCUCACCAAGUCCAGCGCGUAUCCAGUCUGUAUUGGAAAUGCCAAUCCCCACUAACAAACAUGAGCUUGAAACCUUUCUCGGCAUGAUCACAUACGUUAGUAAGUUCAUUCCCAAUCUUUCUGAAAUCACUGCGCCGUUGCGACAGCUUACCGAAAAGCAAAUAGCUUGGCACUGGGAUGAAAAACACACAAAAGCCGUGGAAACACUCAAGCAUAUUAUAACAUCAGCACCAGUACUGAUGUUAUAUGAUGUGAAUAAGCCGGUCAGCUUGGCCACUGAUGCAUCCAAGCAUGGGUUUGGAUCUGUAUUGAUGCAAGAUAAUAACAGACCAGUGGCAUAUGCAUCGCGUAGUACUAGUCCUGCUGAAAAAAAUUACGCGACUAUUGAAAAGGAGAUGUGCGCCAUUCUCUUUGCGUGCCACAAAUUCCAUGACUAUAUCUUUGGAAAACAGACAACAGUGAUCACAGAUCAUAAGCCAUUGGUAGGAGUGUUCCAAAAGCCAUUGCAUAAGUUGAGCCCACGAUUGCAGCGUAUGCGCAUGCACCUACUGAGAUAUGACCUCAGUGUACAAUGGCAACCAGGUAACACAAUGUUUGUGCCAGAUGCGUUAAGCCGCAUAAUAAAUAGCAGAGGCGACAACAUCUCAGAGUUUGAUGACUCGCGGGAAAUCAACAUGAUUUUAAGACAACUCCCAAUUACUGAGUUACGAUUGCAGCAAUUCCGUGAAGAAACAGCCGCGGACCCCACACUUGCGAAGGUCAAAGGUCACAUUAUGAAUGGCUGGCCUGUUGAUAAACACCACUUGACAAGUGAUGUUGGCCCAUACUACGCAGUCCACAAUGAAUUAGUGUUCUGUGAUGGCAUUCUUUUUCUUGGCAACCGGGUUGUAGUUCCGCGAAGCAUGCAGGAGGACAUGCUUAAGAAAAUCCAUGAGUCUCACCUAGGGAUAGUGAAACUCAAACAGAGAGCACGAGCCAUCUUAUACUGGCCGGGCAUGAAUUCGCAAAUUGAAGACACGGUAGCCAAGUGUGCUAUCUGUCAGUCAAGUAGGAAAACUCAACCUGCUGAACCAAUGAUACAACAUGACAUACCUGACAGACCAUGGUCUAAACUAGGUGCAGAUGUGUUCCACUUAGGAGGAGUGAACUAUCUGCUUGUAGUUGACUACUACUCCAAAUUUCCAGAAGUACAGGCCUUGCAAGAUCUCACAGCCCAUUCGGUCAUACAUGAAUUGAAAAUUAUAUUUGCCCGCUCCGGUACACCAGAUCUGUUGAUUACUGAUAAUGCAAGCCAAUUUGUAUGCGAAGACUUCAGAACUUUCCAAAACAUGUGGGAGUUCAGGCAUGUCACGUCUAGCCCCAGGUACCCACAAAGCAACGGGCAAGCCGAGCGCUGUAUUCAAACAGUGAAAACACUCAUGAAAAAGGCUAAGGUGUCUGGCAGGGACCCUUAUAUGGCACUACUGGAAUAUCGCAACACACCCCUCGAUGGCACAGAGGGUUAUGCACCAGCACAAUUACUCAAUAGUCGCUUGCUCAAAAGCCGACUUCCCACUUCAUCGACUCUUCUUCAACCACAAGUAGUCCCACCCAUGAAAGCCAAACUCAAAGAGAGACAGACUGUGCAAAAACACUACUAUGACGCAAAAUGUAGUAAGCCAAAGCGCACACUACACACUGGGGAACAAGUUAGAUUCCAAAAUCCGCACAGCCAAUGGGUGUUAGGGAAGGUGACAGUAAAACAUGAUAACCCUAGAAGCUAUAUGGUUGCGACACCAACUGGACAGGUGUAUAGAAGAAAUAGGCGUCACAUUGUUCACUCCAAAGAACAUGCUGACAUUGAAGGGAAUUCAUUGUCUCAGCCCAACCUAGUCUCUCCUAGCACACAGAAUGAAAAUAUCCAUCAGACUGCAGAACCUGAAGAACCAAGUGAGACAAAACAACAUAGUGUAAAAUAUGAUAGCGUGACUGUAGGUCAGACUACUACUACUAGAAGUGGCAGGGUAGUAAGACCAACUCAAAAACUUGACCUGUAA